AUGUCAGCAAUGGCCAUCGAUACUGACGUCUCUACUGUUUUGUCGACUUUAAGACUGGAAACAGAAAGCUCCGAGUUGAUCCACAUCAUUUACCAAUUGGAGGAUUUCUAUGAGCGUAAAUUGUGGAACCAAUUGACCUUGGCUUUGGAAGAGUUGUACAGUUUCCCCGAGAGCAAAGAAAAUGCCUUCAGAGCCAAGAUCUUCACGCAGUUCUUGUCCACUUUCCAGAAAAACCUCAAUCCGAUCAAGAUUGUGGACUUUUUGUUACAAUCAUUCGAAGCGCCACAAGAUUGCUUGGACCAGUUAGAGACGUUAAAGAGCUCGAUGGUGGCCGAGUUGACAAAGAAGCUUUCGUCCAGGAAACUCGAAAACAUGGACGAGUUGAUCAACAACGAGGAGUGCAUUGUCUACGUGAACUUACAGAUUGCCCGGUACUCUUUGAUUUUGGACAACUUGCUGCAUGCCGAGGAGAUUUUGGAGAGCUUGACCACCAAGUUCGAGCUGACUUUGCAGAACGACUACAGCUCGAAAGUUAACGCGGCGUUCUACUUGACCCGGUGCCAAUACUACAAGAUCCACAAGAACUACAACAAGUUCUACACCAACGGUUUGUUGUACUUGUCUUCGAUAGAGACGCCCUUGUCGCCCGAGGAAAAAGAGGCUUUCUGCUACGAUCUCUGUGUGUCUGCCUUGUUGGGAGACAAGAUCUACAAUUUUGGAGAGUUGAUUCUCCACGAUAUUUUGAACUCCAUCAGCUCUUCCGAGAGCCAGUACUUUUGGUUGUACGAGCUCAUCCAGCACUUGAAUGCGGGAGACUUGGCCAAGUUUGGACAGCGCAUGGCAGAAUGCAAAGAGAAAACACCUUUGCUUGCACACCACCAGGCGUUUUUGCAUCAGAAAAUCGUCAUCAUGUCGUUGUUAGAGUUGAUCUCCGUCAAGCUGACCACCAACAAGUCUUUGCUGUUUAAGGAAAUCAGCUCGGUGACAGGCACACCGGAGGACGAGGUGGAGUUUUUGAUCAUCAAGUGCUUUUCGUUGAACUUGAUCAAGGGCUCUAUCAACCAGAUCGAUCAGGUGUUGAUGGUCACAUGGUUGCAGCCCAGAAUCUUGAACUUGGACCAGGUCAAGACUUUGUACAAUCAUUUGGUGGACUGGGAUAGCCGUGUUGAGAAGUUGGCCGAGGAUGUUCAUAAGAAUGGUGGUUCUAUUUGGGCUGGUGUAUAG